AUGCCAAAGCUUGGUAAAGAUGAUUAUAACAUAGUGCGGGCAUACAGACCAAUAACUUUAGAAAGUGUGAUAGGCAAGAUUUUUGAAAGAGUGAUAGCAAAUAGGCUGAGAUGGAAAUGUGAAGCAGAAGAAAUUUUUGCAGGAAGUCAGGAAGCAUAUAGGAAAAACAGGUCAUGCAUAAACGCAGUUGGCAGAAUGGUUCAGAACCUGCAGUUAGAAAAAGCAGACAAUAAGGUAUCAGUAGUGGCUGUCCUAGACUAUGAAUCAUGCUUUGAAAGAGUAUGGAGGUCAGGUCUUCUAUUUAAAGCUAGAGAAAAAGGAAUUAAAGGUAGGCUAUGGUUAUACUUAUACAACUACCUGUGUAACAGAAAAUUCUACAUUACUGUAAAUGGUGAAAAGUCAAGAGAUUGUGUAUCAAAAGUGGGAAUUCCUCAAGGAUCAGUUUUAUCACCAUUUCUCUGCAACAUAUAUACAAGUGAUGCCAUGACAAAUGUGACAAGUAAGCACACCGAAUUUGCCGAUGACAGUUCAAUGUGGGAAUCGGGGCUGGACAUCAAAGAGGUGAUACAAAAAUUGAAUAAAGACAUAGACACAUUAGUUAAUAUAUGGUGCACAAGGUGGAAUAUGGGAAUAGCAGCGGAAAAAACUGAGGUAAUGAUCAUUAAACCAAACGAAAGAUAUGACAUAGGGGAUGAAAGAGUCAUGUUGAAAAAUGAAACUAUCAAAGUUGUUAGACAGAAAAAAGUAUUAGGUAUAAUUAUUGAUGAUGAACUAAGCUUCUAUGUACAUGUUGAUAACAGAACAAGAUCUGGUUUCAAAGCUCUCAGGUCAAUAAGUCACUUUGGUAAUGAUAAGAGAGGAUGCGAUCAGGAAAUCUUCAUGAGACUGUACAAAACAUUAGUUCUUCCAGUGAUGGAUUAUGGUAUGCCAGUGGUAGCAUCUGCAACAGAUUAUGCUGAAAAGGAAUUUGGAAAAGUACAGAGAAAGGCACUACUGACAGCAACAGGGUGUAUGUCUUCUACAGCAACAGAUCAGCUAGAAGUGAUGACAGGUACUCUGCCCAUAUCCCUACACUUAAAGUGCAAAAAUGCAGAAGAGCUGAUUAGAUUCUACAGCAAAGUGGAAGAAAACCCAAUCAAACAAGACCUGCAGGCAUGGAUGACAGACAGAGCUAAGACUAACAAUUGCAUGUAUAAACUCCUAAUAAGUCAUUUCAAUGAGGUUAAGGGUAAAACAGAGUUAGAACAUGUAGAAACAGACUUCAAGUAUAGCAAGGAAGGAGGGCUAGAAUUAUGUAGAAAGGUCAGUUACAUCAAAAAUGAAGAAGAACAUCUGAAUAACAAAGACCAGCAAGUAGAGAACAUAAUUGAAAUAAUCAGUAAAUUAACAGACAGAGAAAUCAGCAUGUUCACAGACGGGUCUACGUUGGGAAAUCCAGGACCAACAGGAGCAGGAGCAUGCAUCUAUUUGAAAGACAAGCUAGCAAAGGAGGCAGCAAGUGAAAUGAUAGGAAAGCAAGAGAAUGAAAACACUAGGAAAGUAGAUAAGAAAGAAUUAGCAAAAGACUUAAGGUCAAAUGUGAAGCAAAAAUGGCAGAGAAGAUAUGAAAACACAGAAGAAUAUGAAACACAGAGAAAGAAACUAGAAACAGAAGUUGAAGAGGCUUCAAACAGACACAGUGAACCGGUGGCAGACAUAAACCUGAAAGUUCUGACAGGCAAUGUAGAGGGGAGGAGGGAGUUUGGGGCAGAAAUUCAGAAGCUAUUAAUGUCAUCACAAAAUCUGUUUGAUUCUAGCGAUUCAGAUGUUGAAACGCAGCCCCCUUCAGACUCAGUUGUAAUAAUUUCAAACGAAGACGGUAAUCAUAGUGAAGGCGGGGAAUUAACAUUUGCAUCAGUAAGAGCUAGGUAUGAUUAUGAGGACAUAAAUGUAGAGUCAAAUAUACAAACGCCUGGUUCUUCUGCUGCGGAUACCAGUGAUACUGUUUCACGCAAGCCUGAAAGUUCUGGGAGUUUGGACUUUGGCAGUUUUGAUAAUUGUAAGCCACCAGCUAAAGCUUAUUAA